CAGCGAACCCAUGAAUGAUUCGAGUCAGUCGCGAUUUGACAAUCGACGGUUGUGGUGUUGUUCGCGGAUGCGACGUUCACGUGUUUCGAUGAUUUUUUCGAAAAAACAAGUGCAGGUUUUGAGUGUGGUGGUUUUUUGAGUGAGAUACAGGGAUUAGCGCCCCCUGCCCCAUGCAUCUCCCAGUCUCCCUCUCGUCUUGCACCGUUUCGGAGGAAGCGUGGCCGAAGAGCAGCGGCAUGUGCGAGCCAUCGUCGGGCUACGUCUCCAACAACCAGGACAUCUGGUGGACGGAACACCUCAUCCACGAGAUCCAGACGGAGCAUCCCGGCGAAUUGGUCCGCACUGGAAGUCCCUAUUUUCUGUGUUCGGCCCUUCCGACUCACUGGAGGUCAAACAAAACGCUUCCGGUGGCGUUCAAAGUGGUAGCUUUGGGGGAUAUUGGCGAUGGAACAAUAGUGACUGUGAGAGCGGGCAAUGACGAGAACUGUUGUGCAGAAUUGAGGAAUUCAACAGCGGUGAUGAAGAACCAAGUGGCCAAGUUUAACGAUUUGAGGUUCGUCGGGAGGAGUGGACGGGGUAAAUCGUUUUCGAUUACGAUUACGGUGUCGACGACGCCGCCACAGGUCGCGACCUACACCAAAGCCAUCAAAGUGACCGUGGAUGGGCCCAGGGAACCCAGAUCGAAGACCACCGGCCAGCACACCGCCUACCGGGCCAUCGGUCUGGGGCAGAGGCCCUUCCUGGACGGCUCCUUCUCGACGCACCUGCGGGACCUGGAGGCGUACAAAAAACAGCGCGGUGGACCGUCGUCGCAAAGCAGCGACGGCUCGCAAAGCUCCUACAAGCAGGACUCGCAAGACGGGUCGCUGCACCCCAACCCGCCCCCCUGUCCCCCUGCCACGUGGCCCGACUACUCGUACACCCCCUACAGCCCCCAGACGGGCUACUACGACCACCAGGACUCCGCCACCUCGCUUCAUCUUCCCACCGUUCUCCCCGAGCCAGGCCAUAACGAAUUCAUCAACACUUCGCUCACCUCCCCCCCGCCUAUGCUCAACAGUGCCAAGUCCGAGCUGGACCCCAUGAGGUACUCCGAUAACAGUACCUACUACCCCAACAACUGGACCCCGAACUCGUACCCCAACAACUACAACUACUACAACACGCCCAACAACAACCAGCAGUACCCCAGUACUAUGGUCCUCUACCCCCCUUUGUACUCCACCCAGAACCAGAUUCACUUCCACCUGCAUGGUAGUAGCGAAAAGAUCGACCAGUACUUAAGUACCGAAAGUCUGAGUUUGACCCCAACUAGGGCUAUAGAACUGGCACAGACUGUGACUACAGAAGUGGCACAAUCGCAUGAAACGCUCGAGGAUACGGAAAGGACGCAUGACCCCGCCAGUGUCUGGAGGCCGUACUGAUAGCCCUCCAAGGGCUGUUCUUAUUUAUUGUAAAAUUUGUAUUAUAAAAAGUAUUAUUACAGGAAACUGUAACUAUUAUUUUUCUACUCGCUUUAUUAGCUUACCGACUCGUUUCUUUUGUGUCUUAUUUUAGAUUUAUACGAUGGUUGUGUCUACGAAUGUUGCAAUAACAUCUCCAUGUGACAAUUUUUCUGUCAAUUAUAUCGUGUCAAUGUCAAUACAUAUCAAAAUCUUUGUGAUUUUAAAAACUACGGGCGCUCGAGCCCAUUUUCAAAGUAUUUAUAUUGUACUAAUAGUAGAACAAGUUAAUAAACGAUUAAUGAGUG